UGGAUGAGGAAAGUAAAGAAGGAAGGGGAAAUCCGCCUCUUGAAUUCUAGAGGAUUCACUCUAUAACCCUUCUGUUUUUCUGCUCACAUGUUCUGAAAAGUCAACGAAAGCAUGUGACUGACUUUGUGUUUCUUUGCCGGAAAGGUUAGAAGCGCUUACCGUGAAUUUAAAAGUCAAACUCGCUCUUUCCUUCUUACGGGUGUGAAUGUGUUACUGCAUGGUUUUAAAAAAUGUGACGAGACCAAACAGACUGAGGGAUGGAGGAGACGUUCACAGUUGUGUGUUCGCCUGAGGCAGCGGGUGGAGACUGCAGUACGUCGCUCCAGGCAGGAGUCUGACUCGCUCUCGCACACAGACACGCUCCGAUGAGGGAGGAGGAGGAGGAGGAAACAAGAGGGUGUAGCAUCUGAACAGACGGCACUUCUUCACUGAGCACCACAGAUGCUUGCAGGCUGUCAGUCAGUCUGUCACUCAAAACUGGUGAACCCGUCACUCUUCUUCUGUCGCCCUUCUCGGACUCUUUCUGGAGGCUGAUGAAGAGGAGGUAGCUCGCCGCGGAGGGGCCUGGGUUUUUCAUUUCCGGACAACAGGAUGCAUCUGGUGGUAGAACCCAUUCAGGAGGCCAUGAUGAAGAUGCUACCGUAUUUUGUGGAGAAUGCCGUGUUGACCCAGAGUGAGAUAAACCGCAUCCUGAGUGAGAGCUUCUUCAUGGUGAAGGGUGCUGCUCUCUUCCUGCAGCAGGGAAGCAGUCAGCAGGGCCAGAAAGCACAUCCUCACCACAAACAUGCAGGCGACUUACCUCAACACUUGCAGGUGAUGAUAAACAUUCUUCGCUCGGAGGACAGAAUCAAACUGGCGGUGCGGCUGGAGAGUGCAUGGUCAGAUCGUGUGCGGUACAUGGUGGUGGUGUACACCAGCGGGCGACAAGACACGGAGGAGAACAUCCUGCUGGGAAUCGACUUCACGAGCAAAGACUGCAAAAGCUGUUCGAUCGGCAUGGUGCUACCUCUGUGGAGUGACACAAAGAUCCAUCUGGACGGAGACGGGGGUUUUACUGUGAACACGGCAGGUCGGACUCACGUCUUCAAGCCCGUGUCGGUGCAGGCUAUGUGGUCAGCCCUGCAGGUGCUGCACAAGGUAUGCGAGGUGUCACGCAGGUAUAACUACUUCCCUGGAGGCAUGGCGCUCACCUGGAUGGGAUACUACGAGAGCUGCAUCGCUUCAGACCAGAGCUGCAUCAACGAGUGGAACGCCAUGAAGGACUUGGAGACAACACGGCCAGACUCACCUCCCAUGUUUGUCGACAAGCCUUCAGAGAGAGAGAGGACAGAGUGCCUUAUUAAAGCCAAACUCAGAAGCAUCAUGACAUGCCAAGACCUCGAGAACGUCACCUGCAAGCAGAUCCGCACAGAGGUGGAACAACACAUGAACUGUAACCUGAAAGAGUACAAAGAGUUCAUCGACAAUGAGAUGCUGCUGAUCCUGGGCCAGAUGGACAAAGCCACCCUCAUCUUUGACCACGUCUACCUGGGAUCCGAAUGGAAUGCGUCUAAUUUGGAGGAGCUGCAAGAGUCGGGGGUGGGCUAUAUCCUCAACGUUACCCGGGAGAUAGACAACUUCUUUCCAGGCACAUUCAGUUAUCACAACAUACGCGUCUACGAUGAAGACGCCACUGACCUGCUGGCGCACUGGAAUGAAACAUACAACUUCAUUGUUAAAGCAAAAAAGAACCGCUCCAAGUGUCUAGUUCACUGUAAGAUGGGUGUCAGUCGGUCCGCCUCCACCGUCAUUGCGUACGCCAUGAAGGAGUUUGGUUGGUCGCUAGAGAAGGCUUACAACUUUGUCAAGCAAAAGAGGAGCAUCACUCGACCGAACCCAGGUUUCAUGAGACAGCUGGCCGAGUACGAGGGCAUCCUGGAUGCCAGUAAACAGCGUCACAACAAGCUGUGGCAUCCAGAUGCAGACUGCGAGAUGGCGGAGGGGCAGCAUGGUUUGUCUCAGUGCUGUGGAGGGGAGGAGGGAGGCCACCUCACUCCUGAGCCGGGGAUGUCUCCCUGCUGUGAGGAGGCGCUGUCUGAUAAGGGGGCUGCGUGUCCCUCCCCGUGCAGGACUGUUUCACUGGAUAUCGACCCCGCCUACAACAGUUAUUAUUUCCGCCGACUCUCUGACUCAGCGCUGGAUAGCGAACCAUCAACGCCUGUGCGCGGCCCCCCCCUUAUCGGCAUGGAAAAGGUCUUUAUAGAAAUCGAGGAUGUGGAGCGGGACGCACUGCUGGAUGACGAGGCCUUGCCGCUCUCCCACUUUGGGCCUUCAGCUGAGGGAACUGCUGCCCAGACGAGCUCUCGGGGCCCCGAGCCGCUGGAGGAGCUGCGGCUGAGGCUGGAGUUCAGCACAGUGGAGGAGGAGGAUGAGGAGGAGGUGCAGAAGGAGGAGGCAGAGAUGGAGGUGCUCAUGCAGCCAGAUGACGGCGGGGGCGGGGAAGGAGGCGGAGGAGAAGAAACACAAGAUGUGGAUACUGAGGGUAAUGGGAUGGACCUGGCAACCCUCAAUGAAAACUCCAACAACAACAACCGUUUGAGCGCGCCACGUAACCUUAAUGAAAAUGUGUUCUCCAUCACUCCUUCUAGGGAUUGCAAGCAGAAAGAAGAUGCUGCAGCCCGCAUAUCUAAGCUUUGCCUUAACCCCAGUCCUCCUGAAGUCCCAAGUGCUUCACUCCCACAGUCCCAUACCUCUCCUGAAGGCCUCGUGUCUUCAGUGGUACUGCUGCGCCCCUGUGGUCCUCAGUGUGACUGUGCCAACUGUGCUGCCUCCACACCCACAGCUGGACUCGACAGAGACCAGCAGCCAGGAGACUCGCUGCACUUGGAGCUGAUGGAUAAUGGUGAUUUAUUGGGGGUAAAGCUGGAGACGGAGAAAAGUAAUUCUGCAGCUUCCUCAGAUGCUCUCCCUGAGCUGAUGAGCAUGGAUUUGGAGGAAGAGAGGCCCGGUGUGGCCUGCUACGUUGGCCAACAACAGGAGACCCUUUUGCAGCUGCAGAGAUCUGGGCUGGUCCGCCGCCGUGCAGAGAGACUAGAGAGACUUUCAGGUUUAUCCCAGCCUUUGCACGCAUGCCAAAGGUCUAAAAAGAGCCCCUGUCACGCUGAGGAUGAAGAGAUCUCUGGCUUCUCUGGAGAUUUCCCUAAAUCCUCUACACCAUGCCAAGUGCGGUUAGAGCCGCUGGUGGUGCCGCUGACCAAUGAAGCCUUGCUGGGGGUGGUGGGGUCUGGGUUGCUCACACCUAACUCCUCGCCCCACGGCUCCACCCUGACACGCAGCUCCAGCAGCGACAGCCUGCGCAGCGUUCGGGGGAAACCGGGUCUGGUGCGUCAGAGGGCGCAGGAGAUCGAGACCCGUAUGCGUCUGGCAGGCCUGACCGUGCCCUCGAGGCUGAAGCGGUCCAACUCGCUGGCCAAGUUGGGCAGCCUCAACUUCUCCUCGGAGGACCUGUGUUCGGCCUGCUCCUCAGAUGCAGGAACACUACUGCUCCUCUCGCUGUCCCCAGAGCCUGACCCCGGCCUGGAGUGGGACUCCCCCACCACCUCUGCUCUGCCCCGGUUCUGCAAGGACCUGCACACUCCAGAGAGAGCACUACCAGGUGAGCCCAGGAGCUGACACAUCAAGAGGAGGUUCUAAACACUCCACCCAUCCCCCCCCCAUCCGUCACUCUGUGGGUCUGGAGAGUUCAGUCAAAUCAAACAAAUGAAAACAAAACAAAACAAAAAAAAAAAACGAUGCCAAGUGUUGUUAUUAGGAGUGUACGCUCUCCUUACGCCACAUAGUUUCUCUAACUGCUGUUCACAGUGAUCAAAGUCAUAUUGCUGUAUCUGACAAAUGUGUAAAGCCAUCAGUUCACCUCUAACUUGGUUUGAUUCAUGGACAAACAAGUGCCUUACGUAUGAGACCAGAGGCACAGAGCUGUGUGUGUGACUGCAGGAUGAGACGGUACAAGACGCUCUCUAACCUUUAACUUCACAGUACCUGAUGUAUGUACCAAAUCAUGGUAUCCAUUGGCACUUAGAUUAUUUUUUACUGUCUGGUACUAAGUGGUAGCCUAUAUUGAACUUGAGUCCCUCGGUGGAGCAUGACAGAACGCAAAGUGUUAAUAAAUGUAGAGUUGUUUACCGCACAGUUCAUGUUUUAGAUGCUAGAGGGUUGUAAAAUUAAUGGUUUCCUCGUGUUGCAUUCACGGAGCCACCAGGCGAGAGUGUAAUUCAGUUCAUUUGCCGAUGUCGAAUUAAAGUGAGGAAAUCAGUCUUGAAAUCGUCGCGCGGAGGAGUGUGUUGAUGCAUUUACUGUAUGUGAGACUGUGAGUGUGUGGAUGGAAUGAAAGAGAAAAGGUUGUGACUUUGUUUGCCAGAGGCUUGCUCACUGUUGUCAACAAACAGAACAAAAACAUUUCUGAGUUUGUUGUUCCUUUUGCACUGCUUUUUUUCAUUGAGUGAAUAGUGGUACACAGCAAGCUAUCUUCCAAAAUAACAUUAGAUUAAUGUUAUUGACCUCAUCAUUCCCGACAAUGUUUCUUGGGAGAGCAGAGAGAGGAGUCACACUGCAUAGCUUGAAAUCGUAAAACAAACACCUUGUGUGACAGGAACUGAGGAUUUUUGGCAGUCAAAUCAUAACUCAUGUGUUUUCUGAUGAAAAAUAUAAUCAUAAGACAUUUUAGUUGAACACAAAACAAACCUUCUAUACCUUAAAUUAGUUCAUCCUCCGGGGUUGCCAACACUUUAAACUCAUUUGUGCUUUUUGAAAUGUGAAAGACCAAAGUUCUUUGGCUGUCUUGACAAAUUGGAAACACCAUUGACGCUGUACAAAGUAUGUGAACUGUAAUGUCAAUCAUGUACGUAUUUAAAUGCUGUCACAUCUUUUUGCACCUUUUUGGGAGAAAGAGACUCAGUGAAGUCAUCGGGCUCAUAGCUGUUAAGCUUUUUAUGCUCAUAUCAUCAGUGAGUUUGAAAAAGCUCUCGUCACACUGACGUGACAACGAUCACAAUGGGUUACUUCACAGUUUUGUAACCAUUUUCUUUUUAUAUUUAAGUAUGCAGUAACUUUUGUACUGUACAUUGCUGUAGUUUGAAUGCAUAUUGCACUUUUUAUGUUCAAAAAUAAUGUACUGUAUGUGUUCAUUAUGGAAAUAAACAUUUCUUUUGCAUAAAACA